AUGGACUAUUGCAAAAGAACAAAUGAGAAUAAUAGAAGCAUUCGAAGGAGAACGGAAAAGAUAAGUUGGACUUAUAGAAUUACUAAUGAAGAAGUAUUAGAAAAGUUAUCUGAGAGGAAAUCAAUAUACAGAAAAGGUGAAAUUAAUUAAUAGGUCAUAUGUUAAGACAUAAUGGGUUGAAAUUACACAUUUUAGAAGGAAUAAUCAAUUAAAAAAAUCAUAGGAGAAAACCAAGAUUGCAAUACAUAUGUCAAAUAAUAGAAAAUUAUGAAUGUAAUUCACACCAAGAGUUGAAGAGGAAGGUUAGUGAUAGAAAAACAUGAAAAUUGCUGCAAACUAAUCAUUUGAUUGAAUACUGCAGAAGAAGAAUAACUCUAUAAUCGAGACUUUGUAUAUUAGCAGUGAAGCAACCAGGAUUUAUUUUCGGUGGGAGUUUUAUGAAUUUGAAAAAAAAAAUCAAUUUCGGAUAGUGUUUGGUGGGGUGGAGAGAGUAAGCUAUAAUUAGAGUUAUGAGUGAAAUCUUUAAAUUGUUUAACUUUCUUUUAUAGACAACACAUAUUGAAAAAUUAUUUAAAUACAUAUUAGUUAUGUAUUUAAAAUGUAUUCUUUACUUAUAAGUACAUGGUAGGCCAUUUUAAACUUCGGGAUGUUUUUUGGUAAUAAUUUAAAAAAAAAAAAACAAAUUAUUAAUUUUUUAUAAUUAUUUGUUUAUUUUAAAUACGGAAAUUUGUUCCGAUUACUUUUUAAAAAUAAUAUCGCAUAAAUGGUCGCCUUAAGAGUGAAUGGUGUAAUGUGAUCGUUUUUUGGCAUUUCCCAUCACUUCUCGAAGUUUGUCCGACUGAAUAGCAGCCAUUUCCUGUCAUAUAUUAUCUUUUUUCAACGCUUCUAGGGUCCGUGGUUAGUUUCAGGCUAGGUAAAAUCUAAAUUUUAAAUAACCCCACAGGAAAAAGUCUGAAGGCGUUAAGUUGGAUGUUCGGGGAGGCCAAUCGAAAUCAUCAUUUUUUUUUUUAAAAUUGAGCGUCCAAAGAACAGAGAACACAACAAAGUGAUCAUUGUUUCAGCUUUAUGAGCUGUGGCGUCGUCUUGUUGAAAUCAAUAGUCGUCCAUGCUGUUACCAAUCAGAAAUGGAAUCAAAAUAUUUGUUAUCAUGGCCCGAUAAUGCUGUCUAUUGAUGGAUACGGCUGCUCCAGCAUCUUCUUCGAUAAAGAACAGUUCAAUGAUUGUUUUCGCAAAAAUUCUGGCUCAAAAAGUCACGUGUUGAUUGUUAAGAGGUUCGUGAAUUAA